AUGGCAGCAGACAUUGGGAACAGGUCUCUUACUUUAUGGAGUGUUAUUGUGUGUUGGAACCCUGUGGUACUUGCUGCAAGCUUGGAAAAGCAAAUAGUCCCGGCUUAUGAAUUGGUUUAUAGAUUCUUCCAAUCCGACAAAGAUACUUUUACUUUGUUGAAUUUCAAUCCGACUUUCUUUGGAGAAAGCCGUGUGGUUCAUAACAUCAAAGUGCUGGUUGAGAAUGGAGUAACAGACUCGAAUAUUGCAAGAUUGCUUCGGAGCCAGUUUAAGAUAUUCCACAUAAGACACAUAACGGUGUUGGUGGAGGAAUUAAAGCAUUUGGGGUUUCAUCCUUCAACGUCAAUUUUCACAAUAGCAUUGAUUGCAAAAACAUCUGUACCCAAAAUCCGGUGGAAAGCGAAAGUUGAUGCCUUUAAGAAGUGGGGUUGGUCUGAUGAAAAUGUUGUCGAAGCAUUUAGAAAUCAACCUCAUUGUAUGUUAACAUCUGUUGAUAAGAUUAAUUUAGUGAUGAGCUUUUGGGUUAAUCAGUUGGGUUGGGAUGUUCUUGCCCUCGCCAAAGUACCAAGGGUUUUUGGGGCAAGUCUGGAGAGAAGGAUCAUACCAAGAGGCUCAGUUGUGCAUUAUCUUUGGAAGAAUGGUUUGCUAAAAAGGAAUGCAAGUUUAUCUUCUCCAUUUGUGAUUAACGAAAAGAAGUUCCUUGAAAUAUAUAUAAAUCCGUUUAAGGAGGAGGCUUCUGAUCUAUUAAAGCUUUACCAAGAAAAACUGAAUCUUGCACAGAACAAGGACAAAUUUUCAGAGUGGCUUCUAGCAGCGGUUGCAUUUGUAGUUAGUGGUUACUUCACAAAUACCGGAAGUGCAAAUAGUUGUGAACAUAUGCAUUUGAAAUUAUGGUAG